CAACGAACCGACAAGACAUUGAGCAAGAUGUCAAAGAACGGUGAGAUGGGGAAGAAUUACACAAAUAUUCUGUGUUUGCUGUUGAGGCUGCGUCAAGCAUGUAACCACCCCGAUUUGGUACAGAAGAGCUUGAAGAACGAUAAGGAGGCGUUGAGUUUGAGUUCGCAGGGGAGUAAGCCCAUUGUGGAGGAUAAGGCUGCGGACGAGCUUGCUGAUUUGUUUGGUGGGAUCUCGGUUGGUGGAACGGAAGCGUUGAAGAGGUGUGAGGUCUGUUUCAUCGAGUUGUCGAGGGAGGAGACGAAGAGUGGGUGUGUUCGUUGCAAAGAGUGUGACGCGGACGUCCAUGCUCGCAUCCUCUCCGCACCCUUGUCGAACGAGCCUUCGUAUGCGGAGCUGGUCAUGAGUACGAAGAUUCGACGAAUGAUGAGGAUUCUGCGAGAUGAGGAGGAGGGGGAGGAUGAGGACGAUGAGAUUGUUGCAGGACCGGUGAGGAAGACGAUUAUUUUCUCGCAGUUCACGACCAUGUUGGAUUUGGUUGAGCCGUUUUUGAAGGCGGAGAAGAUUGGAUUUUCGAGGUAUGAUGGAUCGAUGCCGAAUCACCUUCGCGAGCAGAGUCUUGAUCGUCUCAGAACGAAUCCCAGCACCCAAGUCCUCCUCUGCAGUUUAAAGUGUGGAGCGCUCGGAUUGAACUUGACAGCGGCAAGCCGCGUGAUUCUGUUGGACGUUUGGUGGAACCCCGCAAUCGAAGAACAAUCCAUCGAUCGCGUCCACCGCAUUGGACAAACCCGCAACGUCAUCGUCCACAAACUCACAAUCCGCAACACAGUCGAAGAGCGUAUCGUGAUGCUCCAGGACAAGAAGCGUGAGAUGAGCAGGAGUGCGCUUGGGGAUGGACCGAAGGGGGCGAAGGUUAAUGCGAAUAAAUUGAGUAUGACGGAUAUUCUGUAUUUGUUUAAGAGGGAGAGUGAGGUUUUGGAUGAUAAUUAGAGGGAUGUUUGGGAUGUAGGGAGGGAGAGGUUGGGGUACGACUUCGACACAAUGCAUUGUUUUUGGCGUUUGGAUGCAUCUAGAGGAUAAUGGUCACUUCGUUCGUUAAUGCCAGAG